UGUUUUAUUUGUAUAUUAUAUAGUGAGCAACGAAAACAUUAUGAACAUGUGUAGAACCUGCCUCGAAACUCCAGCAGACAAACAUAUAUCGGAGCUGGAAAAGGGCAUAAAUGAGACCAACAAAAACUAUUUCGAAAUUAUGCUGUUUUGCUUGGAUAUCAAGGUGACACACGACUCUAAAAUAACAAGACAUUUAUGCAGCCAGUGUUAUACAAAAAUCGUAUCGUUUUACAACUUUAAAACAACAUCUCUGAAAAAUGAUUCAUAUUUAAAGUCUCUGAACUCAAGAAUAAAGUUGGAACCUGAGACUGCAUCUGGGUAUGAUGAUGAAAACAGAAUUAAACAAGAGAAUGAUUUAGAUGCUGAUGAAUGUUUUUCAAAUCUAGAAGAAAAAGAAAUUAAAAUAGAAAUCGAAAUAAACAAUGAUGAGUAUUUAGGAGUAGAUGCAGCCAAUGAAGAUGCAUCGCAAGUGUAUCAAAAACCUGUACCUCCCAAGAAAGUUGAGUCUAGAAAACGGCAACAAAACCUUGAAAUGUGUAAAGAGUGUGGCAAGUCAUUCCGUAAUCUCAAGAAGCAUGCGGUCCAGCAUCAGCCGAAGGAGGAGCGGGAGCUGAUGCCGUGUGACUCCUGCCCCAAACUCUUUAUCAAUAAAACAAGCCUGAAACAACAUUACAAGAACACACAUUUAGGUGUGAAAUCUAAAUGCGAUAUUUGUGAUAAAAUGGUGAUCCACCUUAGCGUGCACAAGAAAAGCGUGCACAACCCGGAGACGCUGCGCUACUCGUGCGCCGCGUGCGAGCGCCGGUUCAUCACGCAGGCCGCGCUCGACCUGCACGCCACCGUGCACACCAGGCUCCUCAAGUACCAGUGCGACAUAUGCCAGAAGAGGUUCCGCUUGAGGAACAGUAUAUUGAGACAUAUACGGGACUUCCAUCAAAAGGAAAAGAACCAUAAAUGUGAAUUGUGUAAUAAGGCGUUUUUCGGCAUAGUGUCAUUUAAGAGGCAUCUCGAAUCUCACUCGAACGAGCGCCAGUACAAGUGCGCCGAGUGCGACAAGUCCUUCAAGACGCUGGAGUACCUGCGGAAGCACUCCCGCAUCACGCACAGCGACGUCAAGAACUUCGCCUGUCAGCUCUGCGGCAAGAGCUUCAAGAGAUCCUCGGACCGUAAUACUCACAUGCGCACACACACAGGAGAGAAACCGUAUCCGUGCCGUCACUGCGAUUCGAGCUUUAGGCAAACUAGCGCUCGCAAGCGGCACGAGCAAGUCAUGCACGGCGUGCUUAACACGAACUAGUGAGCAUGGUAGUUCAUACGCCAUCAAUAUUCGCUGCUUACCUACCUAUAUAGGGUCGUUUUGUUAGUUUGCGUCCGCAUACGUUAGUUAUCGUCCAGAAAGCGAAAUAUACCUAGUUUUUAUGUUGAUAAUUACGACGAAUACUCUGUAAUAUUGACAUGUAAAAGUGCCCCUGUGGCCUAUUUGCUGAAUAAAUGAUUUUGUAUUUGUACGAAAAUUAGCGAUGGACGGAAACUAGUACACUAACCCCAACUAAUGCCAGUGUUACAAUCUUGCUUCAGUUUGGCUCAAGAUUAAGCGAGGUGUAAUUAUCUGACUACUGUAAAAGAUUAUGUUGUUUUAUGCGUUAAACAAAAUAUGUCAAUUUAUUAUUUCAUUAAAGUAUUAAAACAUAAUAACUGUUAACACCUUGUAUUAUUUUUAAUAAAAAUACAGCGCAGCACUAUGGAAAUAGCAGCGAACUAAAGACAUAGCAUAACUGUUUACUUAUCCCCUUAUUCAUAAACGUACUCUAAAGUUAUCAAGAAUAA